AUGGGCAACGGCCAACAGGAAAAAGAAAACCCUCCCUCUCAGUGCUCCCUCACAGAGCACUGGCUGACCAGGUUAUCCUGUCCCGUGACCAACGGUCGCUCACACCAGCCCAGUUUCCAGAUCACAUGUGUUUACCUUCACGGACUGCCUACCACGUGGAAGGUAUUGUGCCGGGAGGGGCUUACAACAUCCCUCAAAGACAGGCAGGGUGUCAGGUUAUCACCUAACACUGCAGAACUAACCACCCAAAACACAUUUACUUUGCCUGGGAAUGUGCAGAGUGAGCAGGGCUCAGCAGGGCCAGCUUGUCUCUGCUGCACUGGGCAUCAGCUCGAAGGCCGAGUUCAGUCAUCAUGUGGGGCCACUCACGUGCCUGGUUCUGGCCUGGUAAGAGCCAACGGCUGGGGGCAGGAACAGCUGGGACUCCUCACACACACCUUUCUCCAUGGCAGCUGCUGGCAUGUAAAAAGCUACAAGUGGCCACUCCUAACAACAGGUAAAGAGCUGCAAACGCUGAACACUCAACAAUCCUUCCUAGAUCCUUCAGAGGUGGGGUCACCGGGCAAACCAUGGCCCCCCGAACCAGAGAGACAGACAGGUGCCACCAUGGUGCUGGGUCAACAGGACAUCACAUGGAAGCAAAGGAGGAGUCCCCUUCCUGCUCCCCAUGUGGAUGGCCUCCUGGGGCCUGAAAGGAGAAAACCAGAACCCUCAAAGCAGCCACCGGUCUCCUCACGCCCGGGAGCAGACUGGCCUGGGUCCCAGGGCAGCCACACCACAGAACAAGAGUCCUCUUGGCCUUGAUACAGCGAGGGGUAGUGUGGUGGGUCCCGGCCCUCCUUUCCUUCCAAUCACACGUGAGGGAGGAAUGUGAACAUCGCCAGCCCGCAGGGGAAAGAGGGGUUGAAAAGUCCUUUGGCUCUGCAAUAAAUAACCCCCACUCAUC